AACAAAACGUCACUUUUACUUGCCUAACCUCUUAAGAAAUAUUAGUACCUACUCUAUUCAGUUUUAUUUUAAUUCAAUAUUACAUCUAAACUUCAUAUAAUUAUGUAAAAACCGAGACGAAAAGAAUCCCGCCAAAAUGAUGAAUUCGUUUCAUAAUACCGUAAAAUAUCUACGGAUGCUUCCCAUCAAGAAUUCACUAAAAACCAUCCCGGAACGCAAGUCAAACUUCAUAGCUAAUCUUUCGAUAGCCAAACCUGAAAUUGCUGCCAAUUCGGGGGUCCUAUCUCUUAGUCCAAGGACUAUUGGGUUGGAGAUCACAGAUAAGCAAAGACUACCUAAAAUUAAGGAGGCUCCUAUUCCGUACGUGCCUAUAAUCAACCCGAGAUCCAUUCUGCCGCUGAUCGAUUUGGAAUGGCGUAGGGACGAGGUAGGUCUGCCUGCAGUAAGGCAGGAGGAGGUGCAGGCGGCGCGGCUGAUCGUCAUUAGGAAGAAGAAGAUGAAGAAGCAUCAGAGAAGGAAGCUUUGGAAGAGGAUGAGGCAUCGCUGGGCUAGGGUAAGGCAGCGCCGUCGCCAAAUCAAAGAGAAAAUCUUCCAGAAUGAGCUACUGGCACUCAUUAAGCAAGCAAAUGAGUUCUCAGCUGAGGGCUAUGUAGCUGACAAGCUGGAGCGAGCCAACCACACCCCUUUGCCAACGCGCUGGAAACACAAGCGCCUGCCAGAGUUCAUUAUAAGACAGCUGCUGGGUAUUGACAAGAAGAUCAACUAUAAACACACUGAUGUGUACAAAGCGUGAAGCAUUUUGUAGAAGUGUAGAUUUUGUUUUUUAUGUUGUAAGUAAAUAGUUUAACAAAUUA